UCUCAGAGUUAACUACCAAGAACCGGAAGUACCUAAGGAUGACGACUACUUCUUCUGUGAUGAGUGUAGGACUAUCUUCCUCGAAGAGUGCGAGGUCCACGGUCCUAUCGUCUUCAUGGCUGAUCGCCCCGUUGCUGUCAGAGAGAAAAACAGAGCCAAGAAGACGCUGCCCGCUGGGUUUGAGAUCAGAGAUUCUGGGAUCCCUGGGGCCGGUCUAGGGGUGUUUUACUGUGGAGACGGUGGCCUUCCCAUUGGAACACACUUUGGACCCUACGAAGGACACAGGACCGAUGAAGAGGGAGCCCUGGAGAGUGGAUACUCCUGGGAGAUCUACAAGAGCAGACACAAUGAUUACAUUGAUGCAAAGAGAGAGACACUUUCUAACUGGAUGAGGUACGUCAAUUGUGCUCGUAAUGAAGAGGAACAGAACCUAAUAGCGUUUCAGCACAAAGGAGGAAUUCCUUAUCGCACCUGUGGCCUCGUGACUUCAGGAGCAGAGCUCUUGGUCUGGUAUGGGGACGAAUACGCCAGACAUCUGGGAAUCGGAUUUGAUCGACUGUGGAACAACAAGAGCUCUACUAAAGGAGGGAGAUCCCAGCUGACACCAGCACAGGCUUUCCCCUGUCCCGAGUGUCCGUACUCCUACACGUCUCAGAUCUUCCUCCACAAACACAUGAAGAGGAGCCAUGGCGACCUGUACGGCCGACUGCUGAGGAGUGGAGAAAUCAAGGUGGAGCCUAGUCUCCUCCCAUACGUCGCAGCCUCCUAUCAAGAACCAAUCGGAGCCUCCCCGGGAACCGUCCAAAGCACGAGCCAGAUUCCAGCAGAAGGAGCCGGACGCCACAGAUGUGAGAAGUGCAGUAAAACCUUUAGUCGCUCUCAUAGUCUGAAGGUACACCAGCGCAUCCACACGGGAGAGAAAUCAUACCACUGUCAACAGUGUGGGAAAACAUUUAGUACAUCUGGUAGUCUGAAGAGUCACCAGAGGAUCCACACGGGAGAGAAACCAUACCACUGUAAACAGUGUGGGAAAACAUUUAGUCAAUCUGGUCAUCUCAAGAGUCACGCACAACUUCACAGAGGAGUCUCCACCCAAACAACCAUGUGAAGAAACUAAAUGGUUCCCAGACAUCUGUUAUUCAAAUCUAAUCGAACAUGGUUCUUGCUGUUAUAUGUUAAAAGGGCACAUGAACGGUUAAUUGUUUAUCUUAUCAACUUUAUGUAUUUAUUUAUAUUCUGUGUCUGUAUGAGUGAAGGUUUUUACCCGAAAAAUGUUCAGAAGAAAAAUAGUUUGAGAGAUAUAAUGUUAACUGAAUUAUUCUCUGACGUCAUUGUUAUAUUUAUUUCAUUUGUAUGUAUUUAUUUAUUUAUCCUGUAGAAAUUCAAAUAAAAUCAGAUAUGCAGUGUGGAGAAGUCUGGUUUUGUCUGGAUAGAAUAGAAGCAGUCCGACAUGUUGGUGAAUUAUAUUUGAUAUGCUGUUAUGUAUAACGUAGAAUUCAAAGGAUGAGCUGAGGUCCCGUUACUGACCACCAGAGGGAACCACAGCACC